CCGCCGCAGCCGCUGACGAGAGAGCUCGGGCUCGCUCGCUCGCUUCGAGCCAGUCAGUCGCUCUCACUGCUCUACGACAUGCAUAACGCAUGAGAGAGCCAGUCCGCGAGAUCCAUCUUUUCUCUCUCUUUCCGUCUCUCUGUCCAGUCUCGAUACUCGAGUCAGCGGGAGUCAGCGGGAGUCAGAACGGCAGGCAGCAGCAGAGACUCGAGCCAGUCCGCGGCAGUGAGUGCGCGAAUGUCGAGACAGUUGGCAGCGCGAGCCUGCACCAUGCAACUGCGAGCCGAGUGUUUUUCCGUGGAUUACAGUGCGGCCGAACAAGCUCGAUCGUAGUUCGUUCGUUCGUUCGUUCGUUCGCCCGUUCGGUCGUUCGUCGACAAGUGCUCAGUACCCAAGUAGUAUAAUAGGGAAGAGAGGCUGCUCCGCUCGGCGUGUGACAACGUGUCGGAAUCGAAGAGCGCGAGACAGAAUCAGGAGAGAGCCAGGAGAGCGUGCAGCCAGGCGCGCCAGGAGUAGAUGGCCGCUACGACGUACAUGCCGAUUAGCAGCGCAGUGUCUAACGAGCUGGAUGGUGGCACGGGAUCCGCGAGCGGGAUGAACAUCGCCGUGGGCGGCUACUCGUCGGGCUCGCCGCGCAGCGCGGCCGACGCCGGGGAGAUGAAGUACAUGCCCGCGCCCCAGCACCACCACCACCACCACCACCACCACCAGAUGACCUCGUCGCCCUCGCCGAACGGGCUCUCGCACCCGGCGAGCCUCAGCUCGGCGAACCCCUGGGCGAGCCUGCAGCCCGGCAGCGAUCCCUGGGCGGCCAGCAUGGGCAUGCACCACCCGACGCACCACCCGCACCACCACCCGCACCAGAGCAACUCGUCGCUCGACGUCAAGCCCCUCGCGGCGGCCGCGGCCGCGGCCAGCGCCAACGACGGCCAGGGCAUGCACGGCGGCGGCGGCGGCGGCGGCGGGCACCGGGGCGGGCCCCACCAGUCGCCCGGCAUGGCCUCGCCGCACUCGUGGCACGCGCCCGUGGUGCCCUCGGCCCACUACAACCCGAGCGGCGGCUCGCCCUCGCCGGCCACCCUGCAGCAGUACCACGCCGCGAUGAACGGCAUCCUGCACCAGCACAACCCGCACCAGCACCCGCACCAGCUGCACAACCACCAGGCGGGCCUGCAGCACCACCUGCGCGACGCCCACAACCACAGCCCGCCGUCGGGGCACCCGCUGCACCCGGGCGCCGGGGGCCACCCCCUCGACAGGGAUCACAGCGCCGGCGAGGAGGACACGCCGACCUCCGACGACCUCGAGGCCUUCGCCAAGCAGUUCAAGCAGCGGCGCAUCAAGCUCGGCUUCACCCAGGCCGACGUCGGCCUCGCGCUCGGCACCCUCUACGGCAACGUCUUCUCCCAGACGACGAUAUGCAGGUUCGAGGCGCUGCAGCUCAGCUUCAAGAACAUGUGCAAGCUCAAGCCGCUGCUGCAGAAGUGGCUCGAGGAGGCCGACUCCUCGACGGGCUCGCCCACCAACAUCGACAAGAUCGCCGCCCAGGGCCGCAAGCGCAAGAAGCGCACGAGCAUCGAGGUCUCGGUGAAGGGCGCCCUCGAGCAGCACUUCCACAAGCAGCCCAAGCCCUCGGCCCAGGAGAUCACCAGCCUCGCGGACAGCCUGCAGCUGGAGAAGGAGGUCGUGCGGGUCUGGUUCUGCAACCGGCGGCAGAAGGAGAAGCGCAUGACGCCGCCCAACACGCUCGGCGACGGCAUCAUCGAGGGCAUGCCCCCGGGCCACCAGGGCCAGGCCGGCCUCCACCAGGGCUACCACCCCCAGGACCACCUUCACGGCUCGCCGAUGGGCCACAGUCACAGCCCGCCGAUGCUCAGUCCUCAGGGCCUCACGGCGCACUCGCUCGCGGCCCACUAGCGUUCGCCGGGGCCUCCCCCCCUGGGCCUCGUCACCUCUCAGGCCAACUCGCUCGCCGGCAACGCGCCGGAGUCCGUCUUGCCGCCCUUCUAUCACCACUACCUCCAGGCGCGCUCGAGCAGCUACUCCAGCGGCUCGUAGCUGCUCGCGGCCGCCAGCUGCGCCGCGACCUUCGACCUGCUCCAGGGAUGAGCCGGGAAUCGAGGAUCGGGGAGACUCGCGCAAGAGGAUGGACGAGGGACAGACCAGCCGAGGACACACGACUGCACAGUGCGCGUCACCACGGGGAGGCUGCUAAUCACGCGAUCAGCGACAAACUAUGCACUGAAAUAAAGGACUACUUUGACUUUACCGCACACACAGACCCACGAGCGCGCGCGCGCGCGCGCACGCCACGCGAAGCGGGGGAGGAUCGAUCCAGCUCUCGCCGCGAGAUGAUGCCCCGCUUGCGUAGUGAGUAACAGUGCCGCCGCCGACGAUGUAUCUAUUUCUCUAUGCUCUGCAUCGCAUCGUGACGGACACAUACACAGUGCGCGGCCGCUCAAUUAAAAAACACACAGACACACGCCCACACACACACGUACACAACCACACACGCGUUCUAUGUUAGCGGAGAAGCAACGCCGACGGAGAGGCCGCGCGGCGUCGCGGCUCCGUCGGAACCACUGUAACAUAAGUAAAUAUGGACUGUAAAUAAUGUACCAGUUAAAGCUAGUAAGUUCUAAGUGAAGAUUGUAUAAGGCAGAGAGAGAGAGAGAGAGAGAUAGAGGGAGAGAGAGAGAGAGAGCGAGAAUGAUGUAGAGGACAAGCUCGUGCUCCGCGCGAAUCUCGGGGCUUGACAAAAGUGCGACGAGAGAGACAGCAGCAACGGCCGUCGCGAAAAUUCGCGAGAGCGCAGCGAGCUGUCCCGUCGAGACAGACCCGCCAAUUUUAACCACACGAUUCUCUACGCAAGAUUUCAAACGAAUCUCUCGCACGCAAAGUCCCUUCUGUAUAAAAAGAGUAAGUAUAUAAUUACGACGACUAAUGGCAAAUGAGAAUAAAAAAAAAAUAAAAACAAAACAGAUUACGAAUAUAAACGCAAAGAUGUCGACAGAUUUUAGAUAUAUUAUUAAUGAAUUAUAAUUGUCUCUCCUCGUCGUCGUCGUCCUCGUCGUCGUCGUCGUCGUCGCGAUCGUAUAUAUUGUAUAAUAACCGUCGUCGCCGCCCGCGAUUCCGGAUCCGCUGCGAUCAUUCUAUUAUUACUUAUUAUUGUCGGUCUACCACUUAUAAUUAUUAUCGUAACUAUUAAUGUUAGCGCGAGCGUUCACGGCCGGGAUCGAGUGCAGAGUGAGCGAUUAUUUUUACUCUAUUAUGUACAUUCCGUAUGUAUUUCUCUCGCGCGCGACUAGUUUGGAAAAUUUCUUGAACGAAAAAUUCUCGUGGCGAUGGUGUUCGAAGUGUUCGGAGGCCUCAGUCUGCAGUCGAUCUCGCGGCGCCGCGCCGACGCCUUUCAUUAUUAUAUUUGUGUAAUAUUAGUAUUAUGAGAACCUUUUCUUUUUUUGUUCUUUCUUUUGAGUUUAUCAUACGAUGCGAGAUGCGCGAGAACGGUUAGCUCCCGAGUUUUCUGUACAUACUAGGCUCAUUAUUAUUAUUAUCAAUCAAUAUUAUUAUUAUCGUUGUGUGAUGGAUUAAGAAUUUCGCGCGAAAAAUCAAGGGAGGAGACUAUAUGGAUAAUGCGUUGUUUUCUCUCAUUUGAAAUUUCACGAUCGAGAGUCUCUGUGUGUAUCUUCGCUCUUCCGCGAGCGAUCAUUUUGGUUGGCCCAAUUCUCGCGUGUCUCAAAAAUUGGCCGGUUAUUGCAGCGCACAAAGAGUUCAUUCGAAUAUUCGCCGACUUGGGCCCGUCAGAAUGGUCGACUUUUCGCACGUAUGGACAACAACGCUGAAUUCCGCUGAUCCCGGAAUCGACGGACAGACGCGCGCGGUGUUAUAUAUUCGUUCCACGUUUAUUCGGCUAUACACGCUGUAUAAUUUUUCUUUCUCGAUCAGCGAGUCCCGAGAUGACUCGAGCGAGGGGACGCGUUCUCAAUCUAGUUGCUUAUAUGUAUAAAUUAAUUGAUUGUUUCGCGAGAGAGAGAGAGAGAGAGAGAGAGAGAGAGAGAGAGAGAGAGAGAGAGAGAGAGAGAGAGAGAGAGAGAGAGAGAGAGAGAGAGAUAUGUAGAGAAGAGUUGCGCGCGUUGUAAUAUUUUUGUUCAUGUACAUGUAUAUUAUUGCUGCAGCAUAGGCGAAGAGGCUGAGGAGUGAUACGUAGUAGCGAGAAAAUGUCGGGGAGAAUCUCUCGGGUGAGAAAAAAAAACGCAUCGCGAAAGCGCCGAUCGAUCGGUCGUUCGUUCGUUAUUAUUAUUGCAUUAUUAUUAAUAUUAUUAUUAUUGCCCACUUUGGUUUUUGUUAUUUUAAUGAAACGUGAGGAAGAGAAGGAAGGAGAGUAUAUAUUAUAUGAACAUACGUGUACAGACGCCGAGUGGCUGACGAUUUGCGAUGACGAUGUGAUUGGAUAUAUUAUAUAUAGAAAGAACCACGUACGGGGUGAGUGUGUCUCGUUUUUUUUGUUCGGAGCGAAAACUAUAUACAUAAUAUACAUAGAAGAGAAAAGAAAUCCGAUUAUGCGCUGAUGAAAAACUCUCACACUCACACAUCACACAGAGCCGAAAAAUAAAAAUGUAACGUUAUUAUACAGAAGUACCGCGCGCAGAUAACGAAAUUCUUCAAGCUCGACUGGGUGUGUAUGCGUAUACGGACGAAAUGUGUGCGAUCGUUUGCGUUGUGUUUUUUGCUGUGUGUAUAUUGUACAAGGAGCGAGAGAGAGAAAGAGAGAUGCGUGUGACAAAGUAUAUCGAAGUGUUCGAACGAGGCCGGAAUCGUCGUCGUCGUUUUCUCCAAAAUCACGCGGCUCUAUACCGUGUAUAAUUUAUUCUUGAAAAGAAUGAAAAAGUUUAUUUUUGUUAUGUACGCUUGGAGGAUCCAAACACGUGUUGUGUAUAUUUACAUUCGUUUUGUCGUUUCUUUUUUUUUAAUCGAAAAGAGAGAGUCGAAGCGACGACGACGAGGAUUCCGGACAGUCGCGUGUAUGCGUACGAUUUCCUUUCGAAAUGGACGAUUUUUGUGCAAAACUACAGCCGGAUUCCGCUGGUACGGGAAUAUGUGCGCCGUCACACGUACACACAUAAGCUUUUCCGAAUAUGUGGAAAUUUUCAAAAAAGAGACUCUCGAACCAACGAAGCAAUGAGACACCGCAGACACGGACACGCACACACACAUCAGAAUCGAUCGACAAAAUUAAUUUGUAAUACACGCGCGCCGAGAGACGAAAAGCGAGAAUUGAAGUGAGAGAAAAACGAAAAACAAACGAAUAAAUAAUGGUGAAACGAAGAGCCGUUGUUGUGCGAAAAAUCUGACUCCUUCCCCUGUAUAUUAUUAUAUUAAAUAUUAAUUAUUAUUAACGUAAAAAGUAAACGGAGAAAAAAAAAACACGAGAACUGGCGAGUGGUAACGUUUUGUUAGAAUGGCAGAAACUAAAUUACUACUGAAUUUUAAUUAAUAAACGAGAUGAAAGUAUACAACAGUAUAAA